AUGGCAUUAGCUCCAAUUAACCAGGUACUACUUACUCUACGCUUUUAUGCUCUGGGAACUAUGCUCAUAUCAGUGGCAGAUAUGUUUGGCGUAAGUGUAUCUUCCGCAAGCCGAACGAUUAAAAAUGUAUCAUAUGCUAUUGCGGGAUUUAGUGGCUUAUUUUUGAAAAUCCCUACUAAUGACUUGGUUGAAACAAAGAUGAAAAUGUUCAAGAUUGCCCGAUUUCCUUUAGUAUUUGGUGCAAUUGAUUGUACACAUGUGCGAAUUCAAUCUCCAGGCGGUGAAUUUGCAGAAUCAUUUAGAAAUCGGAAAGGAUAUUUUUCCUUGAAUGUGCAAGCACUUGUAAAUUCAGAUUUGAAAUUCAUGGAUAUUGUUGCUAUAUGGCCUGGGUCUGCACAUGACAGUAAUAUUUUCAGAAACUCUAGGCUGUAUGCAAGAUUAGAAUCGGGUGAAUUCAAUAACAAUGCCAUCUUAGGAGACAGUGGUUAUGCUCUAAAACCGUAUAUGUUAACACCAAUAUUAAACCCGGUUGGACGAAUAGAGAUGCUAUAUAACGAGUCCCAAAUUAGAACAAGAAAUAUAAUAGAAAGGUGUUUUGGGGUCUGGAAAAGAAGAUUUCCAGUGUUAUCACUUGGUAUGCGAUUACAACUAAAAACUGUGCAGGCAAUAAUAGUUGCAACAGCAAUUUUGCACAAUAUAUGUCGAGAUAUGAAUGAGGAUUUACCUGAAGACAGUUCUGAUGAUGUCUUGCACCAGUUAAAUGAAGCAGAAGAUAUGACUGAAACAGACCAUCGUCAUGAUGAUAAUGGUGAAGACUCAAUCACUAGAAACUCACUACUUAACAAUUACUUUGCUAGAUUAUAA